AUGCAUGACAAAGAUCAACAAUAUAACAAUACGCAGCAGCAGCAACAGCAGCAACCUUCUCAAAAUGAUUUAAAUAGCUUAGACCAAAGUUUUGAUGCACAAUCAAAUAGUAGUCAAUCUAAUUUAGGUUGGAUUUUAGAUAGUGGUAAAAAGAGUCCUACAAUGGAAAAUCAACAAUAUACAGAUAUACCAUUGGUAGACUCAGCCGCACCAAGUGGUAGUAGUAGUAGUGGCGCUGGUGGUAGUAACUCAAAGCCAUCAUUACAAACCAUAUCACCAUUACAUAAAAGUAAUAAUAGUAGUAAUAAUAAUAUAGGGGAGGAUCAAUAUUCUCCACCAUCAAGUUUAAGCAGAGCACCAUCAUCAACCAUAUCAAGUGGUGCAGCAAGAAAGUCAACGAAAUCAUCAUCAUUACGUUCAAAUAAACCCAAAAAGAAGCCAAAGGCAUUGAAAAAAGUUAAAAAGAAGAAAUAUAUAGGUAGUAGUAGAAACAUUUUCAUAAAUCAACCAGAAAGAAAUAUACCAUUCAAAUUUAUUCAUAAUAAAAUCUCCACAACAAAAUAUACACCAUGGUCAUUCAUACCAAAGAAUUUAUACGAACAAUUUAGAAGAGCUGCAAAUUUCUAUUUUCUUGUAAUUGCAGUCAUUCAAUUAAUUCCAGGUAUCUCACCAGUUAAUGCUUAUACAACUUGGAUACCUUUAAUUUUUGUAUUAGCUGUAACUGCAGUUAAAGAAGGUAUUGAAGAUAUUAAAAGAAAUUUAUCAGAUAAAACAGUUAAUAAUUUAGAUUGUAGAAUUUUAAGAAAUGGUAAAUUUGAAAUUGUACCAUGGAAACAAGUAAAAGUUGGAGAUAUUUGUCAAGUUAAUAAGGGUGAAAGAUUCCCAGCAGAUUUAGUAGUUUUAAAUUCCUCUGAACAACAUGGUGUUUGUUAUAUUGAAACUAGUAAUUUAGAUGGUGAAACCAAUUUGAAACAACGUCAAGCCAUUCCACAAACAUUUGAAAUUUUAAGAUCCGAAGAGGAUUUAGCGCAUUUCAGAGGUAAUAUAGAAUGUGAACAUCCAAACAAUGUCAUUUACGUUUACAAUGGUGCAAUUCAAAUGACCGACGAUAGCCAAAAGCAUCCAUUGAAUAAUACACAAACAUUGUUAAGAGGUUGUGUCCUUAGAAAUACGGAAUGGAUUUAUGGUGCAGUGGUUUACACUGGUGAGGAUACCAAAUUGAUGCAAAAUUCAACCGAUGCUCCAUCGAAAAGAAGUACUUUGGAAAAGUUGGUCAAUAGAGCACUCAUCAAUCUUUUCAUUAUUAUGUUUGUGGUUUGUGUAGUUGGUAUGAUUGUUAGUGUCAUUCUCACCAGCACCAAUAUCGAUAAACAAUGGUAUUUGGAUUUCGAACAAAAAGAUGUACGUAAAGCAGUUCUCAAUCUCUUUUCAUUUAUGAUUGCUUUCGCAGUUAUGAUUCCAAUUUCUUUGUAUGUCUCUUUGGAGUUGGUAAAGGUUGCUCAAGCCGUUUAUGUGGGUUGGGAUGUGAAAAUGUAUGAUCCUGAAACAAAUACACCAGCACGUACUCGUACAAGUAAUCUCAGUGAAGAGUUGGGUCAAAUCGAAUACAUUUUCUCUGAUAAAACUGGUACACUCACUAGAAAUCAAAUGGAUUUCUUGAAAUGUUCUGUUGGUAAAAUGGUCUAUGGUAAUGUCGAAAGAGAAGAUGAUGCCUCCUCAAAUAAACCAUAUGGUAUCGCAAUGGAGGGUAUAGUUGGUGCCGAUCCAAAGUUUGGCUUUAAGGAUCGUCGUAUAAUCACUCACUUGGAUGAGGAUAAAAAUUCCGAACAAUCUUUCCUCAUCAAUGAAUUCCUCACUUUGUUGGCUGUUUGUCAUUCCGUCGUACCUGAUCGUCCAAAUAAAGAUGACUCUGAAAUCAUUUAUGAAGCUUCUUCACCCGAUGAGGCUGCCUUGGUUUCCGCUGCAAAGAAUUUGGGUUAUGCUUUCUAUAAUCGUGAUCCAACCGGUUGUCUUGUAAAUAUUCGUGGAAAGAUUGAAAGAUUCGAAGUUUUAAACGUUUUAGAAUUUAAUAGUGAUCGUAAGAGAAUGUCUGUCAUUUGUCGUAAUCCACAAGGUCGUAUCAUACUCUAUUGUAAAGGUGCUGAUACCACCGUACUUCCAUUACUUAGAAAGGAUCAAGAGGAACUUUAUUCAAUCACACUAGAGUUUCUUCAAGAUUUUGCUGCAGAUGGUCUUAGAACUUUAUGUCUUGCCUACACUUACCUCGAGGAGGAAGAUUAUCAACAAUGGAAUGAACUCUACAAAGAAGCUGCAAUCUCCAUUCAAGAUCGUGAUAUGAAAGUUGACAAAGUUAGUGAAUUGAUUGAACGUAAUCUCAGUCUGAUUGGUUCAACCGCUAUUGAAGAUAAACUUCAAGAGGGUGUACCACAAGCAAUUGCAAAUCUCAUUAAAGCAAACAUUAAAAUUUGGGUACUCACUGGUGAUAAACAAGAAACUGCCAUCAACAUUGGUUUCUCAUGUCAUCUUUUAACAUCGGAUAUGAGGAUUAUCAUUUUGAAUGGUAGUAAUCAAGAGGAUGUACACAAUCAAAUUCAAGGUGCUAUCGAUGCUUACUUUAGUGAUGAUGCCGAAAAUCAUCAAAACUCUGGCUUUGCAUUGGUUGUCGAAGGUUCAUGUCUAAACUUUGCCUUGGAAGGCGAAUUGAAAUCGGUUUUCCUUGAAUUGGCUGCCAAUUGUAAAUCUGUUAUUUGUUGUCGUACCACUCCACUUCAAAAAGCUCAAGUUGUUAAAAUGGUUCGUGAUACAUUACGUGCCGUUACAUUGGCAAUUGGUGAUGGUGCAAACGAUGUUUCUAUGAUUCAAGCAGCUCACAUUGGUAUUGGUAUUAGUGGUCAUGAGGGUAUGCAAGCAGUUAUGGCAUCCGAUUAUUCGAUUGCACAAUUUAGUUUCCUCUAUCGUUUAUUGGUUGUACAUGGUCGUUGGGAUUACAAGAGAAAUAGUAAACUUAUGUUAUAUUGUUUCUACAAGAAUAUGGUGUUUGCAAUGACACAAUUUUGGUUUGGUAUUUACAAUUCCUUCUCUGCUCAAACAAUGUUUGAUUCUUGGUCCAUUUCAAUUUUCAAUGUAGUUUUCACUGGUCUUCCAAUUAUUGUUUGUGCUAUCUUUGAUCAAGAUGUCUCUGCUGAAUCAUCACAAAAAUAUCCUCAACUAUAUGCAAGUGGUCAAAAAGAUAGUGAAUUCAAUUUACGUGUACUUUGGGUUUGGAUCGUUGAAGCUUGGAUUCAUUCAGUGGUUAUUUUCUUUGGUGUUUAUGGUCUCUACAGUCAUGGUAGUACUUUAUUGGAAUCUGGUGACACUUUGGACCUUUGGGCAAUGGGUCAAAAUAUUUUCAUUCUCGUGGUUAUAACCGUAAACUUUAAGUUGGCAUUUGAAACUCGUUAUUGGACUUGGAUUACUCAUUUCUCAAUUUGGGCUUCCAUUUUAAUUUGGUUCGCUUGGGUAGCAGUUUUAGCUGCAAUUCCAGGUAUUGGUUCAACUUCAAGUGGUGAUAUCUAUUAUGUUGCCUAUAAAAUAUUUGCAAGUCCAUCAUUCUGGUUAUCAAUAGCUGUGCUACCAACCAUUUGUUUGGCACCCGACGUCAUUUACAAAUACAUCCAAAGAGAUGUUAAACCUUACAACUAUCAAAUCGUUCAAGAAAUCGAGAAAAUCUAUGGUAAACCAUCCGAUAUUAUGAGUAAAGAAAACUUGGCUAAAUUUUCAAAGACCAAUGAUAUCGAAGAAAUGGGUGUUGAAUCUCCACAACAACAAGAAAAAAGAAAAAAGAAGAGAAUUAAAUUCUUAACUUGGAUGAAAUCAAUAAGACAUGAUAAAGUUAAUACUGGUUUCGCUUUUUCACAUGCUAAUCAAAAUAAAUCAAAUAAAAAAGGUAAUUCUUUUAAAUAA